AAGGAAGAGAGAUAGAGAGAGAAAGAAAGAGAGAGAGAGAGAGAGAGAGUUGACACUCGCGGGCGGGGUUUCCUCUUAUCUGACGACAUGUGGAGUUGGAACAUAGCUGAUUGAGAUAGUGUGUCCUUUCGUUGUGUGGCAUCUUGCCGUCAGGAUGACCAGGGAGUGAGUGUCUUAUCACUGACCAGGGAGUGAAAGUCUUAUCAGUGUGGCGAUUACCAUGUACCUUUAAUUAGUUGGAUUACCUGGGAUUACUAGAAACGAGGCCACAUCGAAAUCUCAUUUCUUGUAAAUACUUGAUGAGGAUACUUUGAUAGCAGGUCCACACAAAACUUGGACAGAGUCCCAGUAAGUGUUGCAGGAGAUCAGAAGCACCCAUGUCUCUUUUCAACGCCAGCAAUGAAAGCGACGACAGCAACGAUUGGCUGGAAAAGGUCCUCCAGGACGACAUGGUCAGGCGCCAUUUUGAUCCCGUCACCGAGACACUUCUGGUUCUGUGUUUCUCUCUGCUGAUCACCUUCGGUUGUCUUGGUAACGGUUUGGUAAUGUUCGUGGUAAUAAGGAACUCAAGCAUGAGAACGCCGAGGAAUAUCUUCAUCAUCAACCUGGCCAUCUCAGACUUCACUCUCUGCAUGUUCACCCAGCCACUCAACAUGUACCUGCUGCUGUACAAACACUGGAGUCUGGGUCAGUUCAUGUGCAAAUUUGUCACCAUGGCGCAGGGCACGAACCUGUUUGUCUCCACCAUCAGCAUCACAGCCAUAGCUCUGGAUCGAUUUCAGGUGAUUGUGUAUCCAACCAAAGAUAGUAUGAAGAAGUUAGGAGCAGCUGUUGCCCUGAUCUCCAUCUGGCUCAUUUCUUUCCUGAUAGCCAGUCCAGCCUUGCUGUUCUCAGUGGUGGAAAGGCGACAAGUCCUACAGGAGGUCCCCAACGUCUUCUUCUACUACUGCCUGGAGGAUGUCAGCAUGGAGAUUGAGAAAAGAGCCUACAGUGUGGCCCAGAUGGUCGUUCAGUACGUCCUGCCUUUCAUCAUCCUAAGCGUUGCUCACCUCAGAAUCUGCAACAAGCUCCGCUAUCGGAUGGUCACCCAGAACGUGUCUACAACGGCUACAACAUCUUUUCAGAAGAAGAAAAUUGAGAGACGUAGCCGUCGCAAGCGUAAGACCAACCUCCUCCUUGCGGGAAUAGCCUUGGUCUUCGCCCUCAGCUGGCUACCCUUAAACAUCUUCAACCUGCUCAUCGACUUCCGAGGCGAGUACUUCACUGGACGUGUGGACAUCAAACUAGCCUACGCGAUCUGCCACAUGUUGGUCCUCUGUUCGGGCUGCCUCAACCCUGUGCUCUACGGAUGGCUAAACGACAAUUUCAGAACGGAGUUUAUCAAGAUCCUGUGCUGUCCGUGUCUUGCCAUUCUGAAAACACGUCUUCUGAGACUCUGCUGUUGCUCCAAUCAGCACGCCGGUGUGCCAGCUAUCACGCUGACCAAGGUCAGCAACGGUCAGUCGCUUGCCUUGGACGAAGGUAUAGGAAAUGGAAAAAGGGAUUCACUUAUUGUACAGUUUCAGACCCAUGUUCCGUGAAAGUUUUACAAAGAACUAAAUCGGAAUUCUUUCUGGGCUAAGAAAGCCAAAAGUAUCACAUUCCUAAAGUUGACAUGCUAAUCGGCUAAUUAACAGCAUAUUUUACGCAAGCCAUGUAUAAAUUAAGUCAUACAUAUGCUAAGCCUGCUGGAGCAUGUGAGGAAAUUGAAAGACGAGCAGACUGACUGAUGCAUAAGAAUGCAGCUGUGCUAUAAUGUUGAAAAUGAUUAACAGACAAGCGUUUUGUUCUCUUUUACUGUAGUAUAAAUCAUAUACAGGCCUAAAUAAAAUUUUUAUUCACUUAUUUAUUGUCACUACAAACAUGAUUAUUUUAAACUUUCUUGAAAACAUUAAUUCAACGGUUCUCUGUCACAUGAAUGUCGUCUUUUUAUUUUUUUUAUUUUGCACUUUAUAUGUAUAUAUCUUGCCACUAUCAAAGUGUCAUAUAUUUAGUACACAAUUAAGUCAUUCCGUUUUAGCUUUACUAUAUAUACCAUUGACAAGUCUUUUUAAAAAAAAAGCUUUAUUAUAAUAUGAAAUGGAAUUUAAGACGUCUGUAAUAGAAGUGGUAAUAUAUCAAAUGAGUCGAAUAUAUUUUAAGUCCAUUAUAAAGGAAGAGUACAGUAGUUCACAGAACUACGAAUACUUUGCGUGUAACAAAGAAAGAUAUAAAGUAAAGGCCUUUAAAGGAGUUAUUUAUGUUGUAAUUUCGAGAUGUUAUGGUAAUUCAUUCCCAGACAUGUUGGAUAUGGACUUUGUUGUGUUUCUUCUAAACUUUUUUUUUGUGGCUUCUGUAAACUUAGAUACAUAUAUCACAGUUACAUAUUUAUUGCAUUUAUCGACUGAAAGUAGCCUUAAUUUAGACAACAAGGUUGGGUUGACGUUUUACUUACUACAAUUUAAAACUAAAGUUUUUAAUGUACCGGUAUAAAGUAUUAAUAUCACACAGUCUGUUACUAGCUGUGAAACCUGAAGAAGGAUAAUGCAGAUGUCCUUUCAGAAGUAGUCAAUAUGGUGCAUACUCUUGAGGCUGGUUGAUUGACUAAACAAGUAAUUCUGUGUUGAGACAUAGAUGUGUUGGUGGUAAGGAACCAACCAUCUUUGUUUCCUCCAGCUGUUCUAUUUAUUAGGUAUCUCAUUCCACGAGAAGUCAGCUCUUCUGAUUGGCUGUGAUACAUAAAUCAUACACAAAAUGUAUGUAAAGCUCACGCCUGGCUUUUCAGAUACUGUCAUAGAGGCUGUCUGGUAGGCCUAUCUUGCUGCAUUCAUUUUUUAGGUUUUAAUUCCUCUACUUAUAAUUUUUUAAAAAUAAUUCCUAAUUGCUUAAAAGCUUCCAAUGAUGAAAAAUGGUAUCUUGCUAAGAACAGAUGAUGACCCGGAAAAGAGGAGCAUACGACGAAAGUCUACAUCACAAGGAUGCAUAUUUAUUUUUAAAAAGCCACUGAAAAUUAGGAUUGGAUCUAGAAUCACUACCACUUUUAAAAAAAAAUGAAUAGAAACAGGCUUAGUUUCAAGAUUUUGAAAGUCUCUUAAGGUGUUCUUGGAACCGUGUUUUUGAGUUCCAGUCUGUAUUUCCUCUAUAAAUCAUUAGGCACAAUGAACAUAUUAUCGCAUAUAUCUUACCCCUGACAAUACCGUUUUAUUUACCACUGAUCUUGAGGGUCAAUUUUUGAACCAAGAUGGUGUCUAACACAAGCUUGACAGUUUCAAACAUGACAGUUACGUUGUUCACAUGGCUAAAUGCUAGUUUUAUUCGAAAUGUCAUUCAUUUUAAUUUAUACAACAAUGCAGUGACAAAAACACCCGUCUGCUAUUUAAUAAUAAACUUAUUAGGCUCCAUUCAUUUUUUCAACACCCUUUUAGUCUGAAGUAGGUCAACUCUCCUUCUCCAUUUUCCCGCGCUUUUACGGCUUUGUACCCAACAAGAUCGAAUCGAUAGGUUAACUAAAAGUCUAUUGAGUUGUCUUUUUCGUUUGUUUGUAGCUGAUGAAUGACUCAUGGCAAUCCUUGGCAAUCAAGUCCUGUUUUUGUUUCCAUUGAGUCCAGUAGGAUUUUUCUUUAGCCUAUGUAAUUCUGUGUAAAUUUCCAUUUCUUUGGACAAAGAAAAUGAUCUUCGUAUACAGUUGUUCACUCCUGCAGAAGUAAAUCUUUUUUUUAUGUUUUCUCCUAACAGUCCUAGCUCGAACCAACAUUUUGACCAUUUUCUCGUGCUAGUCUUUGCAGAUCUAAACAUAACAUAACAGCACGCAUACCACACCUAAUUUCAAUGCAUAACCGAAGUCGAGUGUAAUUGAAGGGAAAUAAAUCGAAAAUGCAUAUGUUUUAGCGAAAAAUAGUUAUAAAAUAUCACUGUGAGUAGUUUACAUAAAUCAUUCAUUUCGUUUAAAAACAGCGUAAUGUCAUGAGAUGCGACUUUUGGAUUAAUUUUUAAAUUAUAUGCGAGAAUAUAAAUAUGCAUUUCAUUUACCAUUUAAAAAAAAGGUGUCGGCUUGAGCGCCUAAACACACUUCAUUUAUGACUUUCUAAAAAUAAGAAUCAUCUCACUUUUGUGUGAGUCAAUGGAAACGUUAUAUCAACUUUACAUGUCUAUUAUGUUUUUUUGUUAACAAUCCAAGAUUUAUAACUUCAUGCUUUAGUGCAUCUCAUUGGACAGCCUGGAGAACCAUUCAAUGUGUAGUAACCUAGCAACAAGAAACAUAAAUACACAACACAAUGAAUUGUGAUUUCCUCCAAAUUAGUUUUUAAAAAAUUGUCAUAGCAAAUAUCUGGCGAUAGAAAGUAAAUGGCUAAAUUUUAUUGAUUUUUCAUAUUCUUCAACCUAAAAGCUACCAAUACAAUGACCAAAACCAAGUGCUGUAUUUUCCAUGAAAUUGCAAUAAUUGUGAGAGAGAAUGAAUGAGUAUUUUUAUUAACAAAAACAACAAAGAAUAUUAUAAAUAUUCUUUUGAUAAUUCCUAAAUUAUAUUGUUAAAAAUCAGUAUAAGAACCACAUUUCAUUUCUAUUAUGUUUUGUUACUGUAUGUUUUAUCAGGUUUUACUAGAAAAAAAUUUUAAUGACAUUGCUUUAUGUUUUAAUUAACAAUACAUCUGUGAUGCUGAAUUAAAAAAAAAUAAACUUUACCAUUGAAAACAAUGUAAGGUGGUUUUUCAAUGAAGUUAUAUAAAAUUCACAGCCUCUUAAGCACAAAGUUAAAAAAAAUUACCUUCUUGUGUUCAAAUUGAGUCCCAGAAAGCCUCUUUAUAAAAACAGGUGUAUGUAUUUAAUGGUCGUGUAAAUGUGCAAAAAUGGCAAUAUUAACUCAACAAAAUAAAAAAUCAUAUGGAUUGUUUUAAUCAUAAUUAUAUUAUUGAAAAGCACAUGUUAUUGGUGACAUAUAUUUGUAAUCAAUAACUUACAAAUAUUUGUUAAUCAAAAAGCAUGAAAUAGUUUCUUCUUUUUUUUUUUUUUAUUAACAUCCUUUUCAUUCCAAUUACCAGAUGUUAUAACACAAAAGAACACACAAAAAAAAGUUUAUCAUUAUUUAAUAAAACUUUGAAAUCGCUAAAUUUAAUAAAGACUAAUAAGUUUCAUAAAAUAUCUUUUCAAAAAAAAAAAUAUUAGAAGAAAAUAGAGGAAUCUUUGUAGGACAGUGUUUGAAGUAAAAAAAAAACUAACUUUUUGGAGUCAAGUAAAUAGAGUGAAUUAAAACAAACUAUCAAAUCUUUCUUUAAACAAAACAACAUACCUAUGUUCUUAAGAAAUGCACUCUUUUUUUUUCUUUUUUUUAAUGUGCAUGCUUUCAUAAAAGUAGUUGUUGCACUAAGAAACAGAUAUUUAACAUUUCUGUUAACAUUAUUUCAUAAUAUCUGACCUAAUUUCAGUGUGAAAGUCUAAUUUCCAAUAUCCCUCUUAGAUCUUGAGAUCUAACAAUCUUCUUUUUAUAUUAUAGAUUACAGAAGUUACACUCAUAAAAGAAAAUAAUGACAUCCUAUGCAUUUCAUUUGUCAAUGAAGUCUUGUUAGUAAAUCAGUGACCUAUUAAUUUUUAUCAGAAUAAACCAAAAGAGCAUCAAAAAAUUACAACUAGUUAUUAACAAUACAAUGCAUGGUAUUGUCAUAAUUAAAUGUCUGUAUUACAUAAAUUCUUAUCAGCUUAGUCUAUAAAAAAUACUCUAAAAGCAAGUUUGAAGUUAAUGAAAUUAAUACAACUUUUUAAAGACUCAGACUUACAAGCAGGUCUAAGUGUAUUUAGGAAAGUAGAUAAUGAUAUUUGUAAAUGGGUCAUACAAAAAUAA